AUUUUUAUGACAUUACAAUAAAAAAGAAGAAGAUAUUUUUCUAAACAUAUUUAAACUCGACCAUAAUAUUAAGAACAUAUUUUAAAAUAAGUCAAUUAAUAUAAAUUAUUAAUAAUGCAAUUCAGUGAAGAUAUAAAACAUGUAAAUAUAAAAAAAGAUUUCAAAGAAUGUUAUGAAAAUCCACAGGAAUUGAUAAUGUUUUUGAAGGAAACAUUCAAAAUAUUUGAAAAUGGAAAAGUUUAUAAGAUUGAUGCGACUACCGAAGCUUUACAGUUAAUAGAAAAAUACUUAUAUCAUUUUGUACAGUUGAGCUCUUCACAUAAAGAAGAAUUUGCUGAAGUAGUAACUGAGCUCUACAGAUCAUUAAGAAACUGCACUACGAAUAAACAUGUCCAGGAUUUCAUAGUUGAAAAUACUAAUAUUUUACAAACCACCCAGCAUUAUAUCAAAACAUCAAAUCCAUUGCAUUUAUGCUUAAAAAUAAUAUUGCAAUUUCUAAUAAAUUUAAUUUCUUCAAACUUGGUAGCAUCUAAAAAAGUAUAUUCAGAAUUCUUGGAUUUUGUUAAAAAUCUCAUGGAACAUAAGAUGUAUACAUAUGAAUGCUCAGCUUUAAUAUACAACAUGUCUUUGUUCAAUCCCAUAGACAUGAAUUUAUUUGAAAUGAUGUUAAACCUAGAAGAAUGUGAAACUCAAAAUGAAUUUAUUUGUUUUUUUCUUGAGAAAUGUAUAUCAGAUGAUUGUUUUUGGAGUUUCUAUAAAGGGUUGAGGCAUAAGCAUAAAUUAACGAUAUUAAACAUUAUCAGAACAUAUCAAAUACAAAAUAAGGAUUUUAAUAUUCCCGAUUCAGGAUUGGAAAUAUUAAUAGAUUGCUUCCUAAGGAGUCCAGACAUUUUUUUCAAAAUAACUAAUGUAUAUAAACAAGACGAAGUACAAGAAGUAUCAUUAUUGUUGGGGGUAUUAUCCUCAAUAUCCAGUAAGGAUAAAUACAUUGAUAAACUUCAACAAAAUAAGAAUAUUUUAGUAACAGCUUCUGCGUUACUUAUUAAUUUUCAUCGUUUGGGAAAAAGCGGUAAUAAUUCAUUUACUCCUGUUCAGAAAUUAUCAGGAAGCCAAAGCGACGAGGCAGCUAAUCCUGUAUUUGGUUUGAAAGCAGAUUUGAUUCAAUUAAUUGGAAAUAUGUGUUGGAAGAAUAAUAUCAUGAAAAAUUUAGCACGAGAAGCUGAAGUCAUUCCAGUUAUUUUAGACUGUUGUAACAUUGAUGCAAACAAUCCUUUUAUUAUUCAAUGGUGCAUUUUUGCCAUUAGGAAUUUAUGUGAGAAUAAUCCGGAAAAUCAGAAAAUGAUUGGAGGUCUGCAGAAGAAGGGAACGGUGUCAUCCUCAGUUUUAGAAGAAUUUGGAUUAACUUUACAGGGAGAUAAUGACACUCAGUUGAAAAUUGUACCUUUAGACUCAUUACAAUCAUAAUAAAUUAUUUAAACAUUAUUUUUAAAAAAAUUAAACAUUAAAAAUUGA